AUGGGUUUGCUCUUUUCGGACUUUGCAGAUAAGCUGUUUGAGCCUCGACCGCCGUUGGAUUUCAAACCAUAUCCAAAGAAGAAAAAGUGCCCACCUUUGACAGAGGCAAAUCAGAAAAGGAUAGUUGAAGCUGAUGGUCUUAGUUCCUUGCUGAUGCUUCUUAGAAGCCUUGAGGACAAAACCGUUCGAAGAGUGGCAGCUGAUGCCAUUGCGAAUCUUUAUCUAUUUGACUUUCAAAAUAUUGGUUUUUUACGUUGCUUCCUCUCUGGAUUUGCAGAAGCCAAUCAAGAAAUUAUAAUGCAAGAAGGUGGGAUUAGUUUGUUAGCAAUGACUACCGAUGAUGCUCAAACCUUACUCAUGGUUGCUGGAGCUAUUGCUAAUUUAUGCGGCAAUGAUAAGCUACAAAUGAAGCUAAGGUCUGAAGGUGGUAUUAAGGCGUUGCUAGGAAUUGUGAGGUGCGGGCAUCCUGAUGUUCUUUCCCAAGUGGCACGUGGAAUUGCUAACUUUGCAAAAUGUGAAUCACGAGCAUGUACUCAAGGGAUAAACAAUGGAAGAUCUUGCUUGAUAGAAAAUGGUGCACUUCCAUGGAUUGUACAAAAUGCUAAUGACGAGGCUGCACCAAUCAGGCGCCACAUUAAGCUUGCACUCUGUCACUGAGCACAACAUGAGGUGAAUGCGAAGGACAUGAUCAGUGGAGGUGCCCUCUGGGAGCUAGUUAGAAUUUCCCAAGACUGUUCACGAGAGGACAUAAGGAGUCUUGUUCAUCGGACUUUGAAUUCAAGCCUCACUUUCCGUGCUGAAAUGCGAUGGUUACAGACAAACUACUGAUUAGCAAGCAGUGUGAUGGGUUGCUCUGAAUAUAUUUUAUUGCCUCUCCAGUCAAUGAGAGAGGCGCACACAAAUUUGUGAUGCUUCUGUAUAGGCUUGGUUAAGAAUUAAGUCCGGGAGGCCGAAGCAGCAACCCGAGAAGCCCAGAUUGUAGCCCAGUUAUCAACGCAGGACUAUAAGAUGAGUAUGAUCUUACGGGCCUUACAGAUGUCCGACCUUCAAAUCUCGAUGCCAACACUUAGGGAUGGGCAAAAUACCCAUGGGUUUGGGUAAUCGCG